GUAUUAUUUAAAUAAGUGCCACGCCCAUGUUUGAUUUAAAAAAUUGUUCUGUUUAUCUACUUUGAAAGAGAAAAUCGCGAAAAUAAAUAAACGCACCGGCGGAAAGAUGUCGAGCGACUCAGUAAAAGGCUUUUCAGGUUUGGAAACGCCAGGUUAUGUCGGCUUCGCCAAUUUGCCCAAUCAAGUUCAUCGCAAGUCCGUUAAGAAAGGCUUCGAGUUCACCCUGAUGGUGGUGGGCGAGAGCGGUCUAGGAAAGUCGACCCUUGUGAAUUCUCUAUUUCUGACCGAUUUAUAUCCGGAGCGCGUCAUCCCGGACGCGAUCGAGAAAAGCAAACAGACGGUUCGAUUGGAUGCGUCGACCGUCGAAAUCGAAGAGCGAGGCGUUAAGCUACGUCUUACUGUCGUCGAUACGCCCGGUUACGGCGAGGCGAUUGACAAUACGGAUUGCUUCAAGGCGAUAAUCCGUUACAUCGAUGAGCAGUUCGAAAGAUUCUUAAAGGACGAGUCUGGGCUUAACAGGCGAAAUAUCGUAGAUAAUCGUAUACACUGCUGCUUCUACUUUAUUUCACCGUUUGGACACGGCUUAAAACCUCUGGAUGUGGAAUUUAUGAAGCAGCUUCACAACAAAGUAAACAUUGUUCCUGUUAUCGCCAAAGCGGACGUUCUAACCAAAAAGGAAAUGCAACGGCUCAAACAGCGUGUCCUGGGCGAGAUCUCCGAGCACGGUAUCAAAAUCUACCCGCUUCCGGAGUGCGAUUCGGACGAAGACGAGGAGUACAAGGAGCAAGUUCGUCAGCUGAAGCAGGCGAUACCGUUUGCGGUGUGCGGUUCUAACACUACGUUGGAAGUACGUGGCAGGAAGGUGAGGGGGCGCCUCUAUCCGUGGGGAGUCGUCGAGGUGGAGAAUCCCGAGCAUUGCGACUUCGUUAAGUUGCGCACGAUGCUCAUCACGCACAUGCAAGAUUUGCAGGAGGUCACCCAGGAGGUGCACUACGAGAAUUACCGCUCCGAGAGAUUGGCGAAGGGCGCCCCGCCACCCGCCGCCAGCGCAGUCACCAAGCGAAAUGUGAUUACAGACGAGAAGAACGGAAUGUUGGGUGAUAAGGACAGAAUGUUGGCGGAGAAGGAGGCGGAGCUGAAACGUAUGCAGGAAAUGUUGGUCGCGAUGCAAGCGCAAAUGCAGCAGCAGCAUUAAAAGGGGGCCUUCUGAGCGAGUUGCGCUCAGCACAUAUCAAUUUAAGCUAUUUAAUGCCAAUUUUAGUGUACUUAAGAUGCCAAUUUUUUUACCGUAUGAUUUGUAUUUAUAAUUACCAGUGUAUUGUUUAUCUAACUGAAAGUAUUUUUGUAAAACUA